AUGGACCCAGUCGAGUCCAUACGGAAUCGUGCCAGCGCUUCUCUAUUAGGACGAGGUUUGUCAAGCUGUGCACCCCGCUCAUCGGUGGGGGACUCGGUAAUGGGAACAUCCCCCACACGCGCAGACUCCGAUCGCCGCAACUCAAAACUCGAAUGUGGCUGGUUCGCAAGGGAUGGAGGAGUAGCCACCGCAGUCAGUGCCGGUGAGACAGCGCUGUUCUGCGAAUAA